AAUUACCAAAGAAACGAAAAGUUAAAAAAUUUAAAUAAAAGUAAAGACAAUUAAAUAUUGCUCAAAACACUAAUUCGUGCAUGCAUAACCUCAAAAUUCGCUUUGAUUACGCAUCACUAGCGACAUUUUACGCGCCAGCCGUUCGACUCACCACACCGGAAGUGGGCGCUCAUUAAGUGCGGCGUAAAAAAAGUAGCAGAAAUUCGUGUAACUUGCAUAAAAUUAAGUGAAGUUAUUUACUUCUGUGCGAUUACCUAAUACAAAUCGUAGUUGGAAAACGAAAAAUUGGAAAAGCAAAAUCCAAUAUUGAACUUUAGUGAAGAGCUUUGAAUUAAACUUAGUAUAAAUUUACAGCUAAAAUCCUUCAAGAAAUAAAAAAUAAAAAACACACAAAAUGCAGCCACUAAAACGUUUCACACAAUGCGGCAGUCUGACAAUGCUCUUUGGCGUCUUCAUUAUACUCUUCGGUGUCAGUUCGACAGCUUUGACCACAUUUGGCAAGACCAAUAAUGAUAAACCAACACCAACACCAAUAAUCAAAGGCAAGGAGUGUAACAAUCACGAUGACUGUGUAACGAUAGAUAAAACUAGCUGCGUCAAGGAUCCAAUCGAUUACAAGCAUCGCUGCCUGUGCGGUGAUGAUUCGGCACCAGUAAAUGGACAUUGUCAGGAUGUACUAAAAGGUUUGCGUCAUAAAUGCAGCAGCAGCCAUGAAUGUGAGGACGGUCUGGUUUGCCAAUUUGAGAGUCUUAAUCGCACGAUUGGUGUAUCGAAAUUCAUUUCCAAAACCAAGUUAUGCCUGUGCGAUAAUGAAAGCGGUUUCUUCGAGGAUGUCUUGCGUGAUAUUUGCAGUGGUGCUUCUCUACAAACAAUUGCAAAUAUUUUACUGUCAUUGACCUCCACCGUGGCGCCGUUCAUUGUCUACGCACGCAUGAAGCCGCAUUUCUAAAAUGGAAUAACAACCAGCAAUUUAUUUAUUUAUUAAUUUAUUUAUUUAUAUUUUGUUAAUUUCUCUCAAAUGUGAUUAAAGAACAUAUCUUUGUAUGUAUGUAGUUGAUACAAAAAGUUUGCUGUAAUAAUAUACAACUAUUCAAUUCGAUUGCGGCCGUAAGCCCACACACACAUUCGUGUAUUGUCAAUUAGCUUAGUAAAAAUGGAUUUGUAUUGUGUGGUAAAUGUAGCAACACCAUUAUUAAUAUAUGUAUGUGUAAAUGUAUUUAAGAAAUUAGCACACAAUAAAAUAUUAUUUUAAACAGUUGAUUGAAAUCAUCCAACUUUAAACAGUCCUCAACUCAACUCAACUCAACUCAGCUCAACUCAACUGAAAUUAUUGUUUUUUUGGUGUAUAUAUGCAAUUUGUUAUAUAUUUGCGCAUAAAUAUGUACAUGCUAUGUAAACCUAUACAAAUAUCUGUAUAAAUACUACUACUUACGUGCCUCUUAUGUACUAGAAAAUAUUAUAUACAAAAAUUAAGUUUAUUUACUUUUAUACUUUUUAGUGCUCUACUAUUUAUAUGGAUGUAUGUAUAAUCAACUUUAGAAAAAAAAAAUUAAUAUAACAUAACAUUGUUAAACAUUUAUGUAUGUGUAUCUUAUCUACCACAGAUGUCCUUAAACCCCAAAAAUUCAUAACAUUGUACCACCGCCAAUUUUUAUGUAUCUGCCUUCUCAUAAAGGUGCAAUUAUUUACAAAAAAAAAAAUAAAAAAUAAAAAUAAAAAAAAAUUAAUAAAUUCAUUAAUUAAAUGUAAAACAUAUCAAACUGCAAUGCACACAAUUAGAUUUAGCAACAAAAUAAUAUUGUAUCAUUCAUGACUCUCCUUCGCACACACGCACACACACACACAGUUGUUACAUUGAUGUAAACACGUUAGCAGAAAAUCCAUUUUUAAUACUGCACUAAAGUUAAUAGAUAAAUAAAUUUGGGAAUAGAUAUAAUCAAGCUUUCAGUUAACUUAUUGUCCUAUAAAUAUGCGAGGGAAUACAAGUAGUUAAUUCUGUCAUUUAUACCAUGAAUACAACAAAGAUAAAUAAAUAAUUAAAUACCUAGGAGUAAGCCUACGAAUUCCCACUUAUAUAUGUAUAUGCGCUUUAUACCACAUCAAAAAUAGAAAUUAUCUUCCUUGAUGUGAAUAAGGAACAUUUUUAAUUCAUUUUCUUAUUUAUGUAUGUAUCUUGACAAAUCGAUCGAUCGCACAACUUCUACCCCUGUAUUUUUAUGAAAAUUAAAAUUCAGCUCAAAAAUUAAUAAAAUUAGAA